AUGUCCGCAGCGUUUAGAAUCACAUCGGCGUUAUGGGAUAAAAUCCAUCACUUUGCCUCGUUUCCUCAGACCGGAGUCUCUCUCCAGCAAAUGGUUUUGUUCGGCCACAAUCCAAGUCAAGGAACUUUGUUGAAAGCGAGUCAGUUUGUUGCAGGGGAAUUGCCUGUUCGCCUCGCUCAUCGGGUCAAAGAACUCGACGAACUACCCCACGAUUUGAACAGAAUGCCUUCAAUAAUUAAAGUCAAGAAUUGGUAUGCCCAAAGCUUCGAGGAGUUAAUAUCCUUCCCCCCAAUACCGCCCUUGAAACCAGAAAUACGUCAAGCACUGAUGACGACUUCCGAGCCAGAACAGUCAUUACCCGAAACUACGCCAAAUCCAUCGCUCGACCAGUAUAUCGACAUGAUGGUCGACGGCAACGAUGUACCUGCUGCGAAUCUACACAGGAACGGAGGUGACGGUGCUGGCGCGUUCGACAAAGUCAAAAUGAGAGUGCCGGUGGAGAAAAGAUACUAUGCAGCUCCUAAACAGUCCAUUCAGUGGCCACCUGAAAUCCGCGACUACAACCAUCGUUUCACGAAGACGCUGGAGGCAGUCAAGACCCGCCAUGAUCCCACCGUAUCGACUGUUGCUCAAGGCGUUCUUGAGUGGAAACGCUCUCGCAACGAGAAACAUAUCAAGUUGGAUAUACAGCAGUGGCUAGAUCGGUUCUACAUGUCGCGAAUUGGGAUACGGUUCUUGAUUGGGCAGCACGUAGCCCUCAACAGACAAGAACCCCAUCCAGACUACGUUGGUAUCAUCUGUACCCGUGCGAAUGUCCGUGAUAUCAUGCAAGAAGCGAUCGAAAACGCGCGUUUUGUAUGCGAGGAGCAUUACGCACUUUUGUCAUCUCCCGCGGUACAGCUUAUAUGUCCCAACGACCUCACUUUCCCAUAUGUGCCGGGCCAUCUGUCUCAUAUCGUCUUCGAACUUUUGAAGAACUCUUUAAGAGCCGUCGUGGAACGGCAUGGAACCCACAAGGAGAAUUUCCCUCAUAUUAAAGUCAUUGUUGUGGAGGGCAAAGAGGACAUCACUAUCAAGAUUAGCGAUGAGGGUGGAGGAAUUCCUCGUAGUGCGAUGGGGUUGAUUUGGACGUAUAUGUACACUACUAUGAAAUUAGGACCUGAACAAGAUCUUGAAGACGAUUUUCGCGCCAGUGACUUUAAAGCACCGAUGGCUGGGUUUGGAUACGGUUUACCGUUGAGUAGACUUUACGCGAGAUAUUUCGGGGGAGAUUUGAGGUUGAUUUCAAUGGAUGGGUUUGGGACGGAUGUGUAUAUUCACCUGAACAGGCUGUCGAGCAGUCGCGAGCCGUUACCGUGA